CUUUUCGCUGGUCACACGUGUUAGAUUUGCCUUUCGCUGGAUGCUAUCACUGCGUUUGGUGUUGUUGAGUUAAUGCUGCGUACUUUACCCGCUGUAUUCAACAUCUCUUCUCGAUCGCUGAAAAUAAGCUUGUGCACAUUGGGUCCAUUUCGCCUCUGCAGCAUUUCCACGCAAGUUCACCGAAAUUCACGCUACAAGAUGGCCAGCGACGCACCACUACUUAUACAGCUAGAAGCCGCUUCGGUGGCAGUUGCCAAUAAGGCCGGGGAAAUUGUUAGAGAUAUUAUGAAGAAAGGGGAACUUGGAAUUAUUCAAAAAACACAUAUCAAAGAUCUCCAGACAGAGGCCGACCGUAAAGUCCAGAUGUGUAUAGCGACAUCACUUGGGAGACAAUUUCCCGGUAUUACAAUUAUUGGAGAAGAGGAAAUGGAAAAGUGUAAUGAUGAAAACCUUGUGUACAAUGGUAAAUCAGAUGAAGUGAUGGCAUGUGCUAGUAAAUGCCCGGAUCAAUACAAGAAUGUUAAACCAGAACAGAUUGUUGUAUGGAUUGAUCCUUUAGAUGGAACUCAGGAGUACAUUGAAGGACUACUGGACCAUGUGACUGUACUUAUUGGUAUUGCUGUUGAUGGCCAAUCAGCUGCCGGCGUUAUACAUCAACCAUAUUUCAACUACAAUGUCAAGGGCGACGAUGUUAAAUUAGGGCGUACUUGUUGGGGAAUCAAAGGACUUGGAUCAUAUGGUUUUACACACAAACCACUGCCAAAAGAUAAGACAAUCAUCACCACUACUCGAUCUCAUCCAACCCCGACUGUACAAGAAGCCAUCGACUCCUUCAAACCGGAUGAAGUUCUCAGAGUGGGUGGAUGUGGACAUAAGGUUAUGAUAGUCCUUGAAGGAGAUGCACACGUGUAUUUGUUUGCUAGUCCAGGAUGCAAAAAGUGGGAUACCUGUGGACCCCAGGCUAUAUUGGAAGCUGUAGGAGGAAGACUGACAGAUAUCCAUGGUAACAUCCUGGAAUAUCACAAAGAUGUUCAGAAGCCAAACACAGCUGGUGUUCUAGCAACCUUUGAGAAUCAUGAUUACUAUCUGAAAAACAUUCCCCAGGGCAUCAGAGAUCAAUUGAAAGUAAAGCUGUGAACAUAAUGAAGCUGAAUAUCUAAUAUCAUUCAUCAUUUUACUAAAUUUCAUUAAUUUUAAGGACAAUUCUUUGCAAAUGAUUUGUUUUUUUGACAUUCCAUAUGCUGCAUUUUUCGUUCCUCCUUUAUUGAAAAUAAACAAACCCAUGUCUAAUCCAUAGACUCGUAGGUUGUGAGGUGAUGUUAGCCACCUUGUCCCCUAAGCUUAUAUGUUAUGUUCUUGGAUCCUUGAAUGUUGUAAAUGAAGUGAAACAAUAAGGACAAUUCUUUGCAAAUGUUUUUGUUGACAUUCCAUAAUGCUGCAUUUUCUCUUCCCAUUUAUUAAUAAAAAAAAAAAAAAGUAACCCCAUUUCUAACUCAUGGCCUUGUAAGUCGUGAAGUGAUGCUGGCCACCUUGCCUCUUUUUCAUGUCCAUUUCUUGGACCCUCGAAUGUUGUAAAUGAAGUGAAACGAUGCGUGUAAAAAAUUACCUUAAUGUCCGAUUAGACAUUGGGAAUUAAUAAAUUACAUUAAUACCUA